AUGGUGUUAUGGUGUGUUAUGGGAUGUGGAGGAGGGAGUGGAUAUUUUGGCGGUGGUGGAGGUGGAGAUAAAGGAGCUGGUGGAGGAGGAAGUAGCUUUGCAAGUCCUAUCCUAAAAAACGUAAUUUAUAAAAACGGAAAUGAGGAUUUUAUUCAACCAGAUGGAACGACCAAGAGAGGUCACUCAGGAGAUGGAUUUGUUUCUAUAGAAACUAUAUUCUCUUUCACUAUUAAGUGUAAUUGCGAUUAUUAUAAUAUUAUCUCUUUAAUCAAUGCGUUUAGUUUGAUUUUUAUCUCUAGUGAGUAA